GUGCAAGGGAGGAGCCCCAGAGCCCUAUUUGCAUGGCCAUUAGCUAUUCAUUAGGCUGCUGUCGAAGCAUCUCUGGAGACCAGGAAUGACAGGGAAGAAAUUCCAGGGAAAGAGAGCCCUCGGCUGUGUCUGCAGGAAUUAGAGGGAAAGCGUGGAUCAGAAGGGUGUUGUGUGGAAGGAGUUUGAAGAGGGCUGAGAUUCUCCAGUCUUGCCACCUUUGAGGAGUCCCAAGAGACCAAGCAGUUAUUUUCUCGGAUUUUUUACUCACCUAGAGCUUUAUACCAGACAUCUAUCUUUUCAUUUAAGCUUGAAAAGUCAGGGAGGGACGAUGGUUGUUGGUCACUACACACUGCCACUAGGGAAAACAAAACAAAAAAACAGCUAUGGAGGAUAAAGAAUAGGGCAGUGACCACAAAAGCAUAGAGCAAGAUCUUGGCAGCAGGGAACUUAAAGUGUAUUUUUAUCACAUAUGAGAGGUUUUUGAAGUGGAGAUGGGAUGGGUUUAGAAAUACUAGAGCCUAAAGUCUCAUUCAGGUAGAGACUGUAGGAACCACAUUAAAGUGCUGGAGAAGAAAGGAUAUUAAGUAAUGGUAAACUUGUCAUAGCUACUGUUGUGCCUUGCAUCUUUUUGGGGGUUUUGAACUCCCACAUUGCAGAUAAGGAAGUGAAAUUUAGAGACCUGAACCUUUUUGUUUUUUGAGACCUAGCCUAACUAUGUAACUUAGACGCCUCCACACCCAGAGCAGUGGGCUUACAGGCAUGGGCCACCAACGGGCUGCAGUUAAAUAAGAUGUCCAGCUUACUAACUCUGGGAAGUGUCAAAUCUGAGAUUCUAGCUCAGAGCAUUUCGAAGCCAAAACCUGGGCUCUAACCAUUCCAGGGGCCUCUCUCAGUGGAGUGUUUCCAAAACAGGAUUGGGAUGGGACGGAGGAAAGAGAUGCUUGAGCAGCAGACAUCCUUCCAUCUAUCUGGAAGGGAAAAGACUGAGAAGUUUAUUCUCUUCCAUACGUGGGAGAGAAACUGAUUUUACACUGAGCAAUCAAAUCAACGACCAGGGUGGAGCCUGCACCCGCCACGCCCCAGCAUUCUCUAUACCAGAACUCUUAAAAGGAAGGGCAAGAAACGAAACCUAAUCCCCCACUGGGCCUAGAACCAAGAGGUCUCUGAGGAUAUUGGAACAGGGUAGGCGGGGUGGGGGCGAGAGAGAGCCGCAGAACAGAUGCGCCCAAGAGUCACUGGUUAUUUAAGGACACCAGAUUGUGCAAGGCUUCAGCGCCGCCUACUGGCAGAAGCGAAUAGGUCUGACUGAGAGCUCAGUAUUUAACUCUUCUGCAUAGGCGAGAAUGAGGAUACAUGGAGGCAUGGGAACAUUUGUGGGGUCAAGAGUUGGGCCAGAAGAUGCCAUGCCACGCAUCGUGGAGCAGCCGCCAGAUCUGGUGGUUUCCAGGGGCGAGCCGGCUACUCUGCCCUGUCGUGCAGAAGGCCGGCCUCGACCCAACAUCGAGUGGUACAAGAAUGGGGCGCGUGUGGCGACUGCACGGGAGGAUCCGCGUGCUCACCGUCUGCUGCUGCCCAGCGGCGCCCUCUUCUUUCCCCGCAUUGUGCACGGGCGUCGCUCUCGGCCUGACGAGGGUGUCUACACCUGUGUGGCUCGCAACUACCUGGGAGCAGCGGCUAGCAGAAACGCCUCUCUGGAAGUAGCUGUCCUCCGUGAUGAUUUCCGGCAAUCGCCUGGGAACGUGGUGGUAGCGGUGGGGGAGCCAGCUGUAAUGGAAUGUGUGCCCCCUAAGGGUCACCCAGAGCCUUUGGUGACCUGGAAGAAAGGCAAAAUAAAGCUUAAGGAAGAGGAGGGAAGGAUCACCAUACGUGGAGGAAAGCUGAUGAUGUCACACACGUUCAAGAGUGAUGCUGGCAUGUAUAUGUGCGUAGCCUCCAACAUGGCUGGAGAACGAGAGAGUGGGGCAGCUGAACUUGUGGUACUGGAGCGUCCCUCAUUUCUGCGUAGACCAAUAAACCAGGUUGUCCUGGCUGAUGCCCCUGUGAAUUUCCUGUGUGAGGUGCAGGGAGAUCCCCAGCCCAAUCUACACUGGCGCAAGGAUGAUGGGGAGCUGCCCGCGGGCAGGUAUGAGAUUCGGAGUGACCACAGCCUUUGGAUCGACCAAGUGAGCUCUGAAGACGAGGGGACGUACACGUGUGUAGCAGAGAACAGUGUGGGCCGCGCAGAGGCAUCUGGCUCCCUCAGUGUUCACGUCCCACCACAAUUUGUGACUAAGCCCCAGAACCAGACAGUAGCUCCCGGAGCAAACGUGUCAUUCCAAUGUGAGACCAAAGGAAACCCUCCACCUGCCAUCUUCUGGCAGAAGGAAGGGAGUCAAGUCCUGCUUUUCCCUAGUCAGUCACUCCAACCCAUGGGACGCCUCUUAGUCUCUCCAAGAGGCCAGCUCAACAUCACUGAAGUAAAGAUCGGGGAUGGUGGCUACUACGUGUGCCAGGCUGUCAGUGUGGCUGGUAGCAUCCUAGCAAAGGCCCUAUUAGAGAUAAAAGGCGCCUCCAUAGAUGGGCUACCUCCCAUCAUUCUCCAGGGACCAGCCAAUCAGACACUGGUACUUGGCUCUUCUGUGUGGCUGCCAUGCAGAGUGAUUGGAAACCCCCAGCCCAACAUCCAGUGGAAGAAGGAUGAGAGGUGGCUGCAGGGGGAUGACUCACAGUUCAACUUAAUGGACAAUGGCACUCUACACAUUGCCAGCAUACAGGAGAUGGACAUGGGUUUCUACAGCUGUGUGGCCAAGAGUUCCAUAGGGGAGGCCACAUGGAAUAGCUGGCUUAGGAAGCAAGAAGAUUGGGGAGCAUCACCAGGUCCAGCAACAGGACCCAGUAAUCCUCCAGGGCCUCCCUCUCAGCCAAUAGUCACAGAGGUAACCGCAAACAGCAUUACCUUGACCUGGAAGCCCAAUCCACAGUCUGGGGCCACAGCUACCUCCUAUGUGAUAGAGGCCUUCAGCCAAGCAGCUGGCAACACGUGGCGGACGGUGGCCGAUGGGGUGCAGCUGGAAACUUACACCAUCAGUGGCCUGCAGCCCAACACCAUCUACUUAUUCCUAGUGAGAGCAGUUGGAGCCUGGGGCCUCAGUGAACCCAGUCCUGUCUCUGAGCCUGUUCAAACCCAGGCAGACAGCAGCCUAUCUAGGCCAGCGGAGGACCCGUGGAAAGGCCAGCGAGGGCUAGCGGAAGUGGCCGUGCGAAUGCAGGAGCCCACUGUCCUUGGGCCCAGAACUCUGCAGGUUUCCUGGACUGUGGAUGGUCCAGUCCAGCUGGUGCAAGGAUUCCGUGUGUCUUGGAGGAUUGCAGGCCUUGACCAGGGAAGCUGGACAAUGCUAGACCUACAGAGUCCACACAAGCAAAGUACUGUGCUAAGAGGACUGCCCCCAGGGGCCCAAAUCCAGAUCAAGGUGCAAGUCCAAGGCCAGGAGGGGCUGGGGGCUGAAAGCCCUUUUGUGACCAGGAGCAUUCCUGAGGAGGCCCCCAGUGGCCCCCCUCAGGGAGUGGCUGUGGCCUUGGGGGGUGAUCGCAACAGCAGUGUCACUGUAUCCUGGGAGCCUCCACUUCCCUCCCAGCGAAAUGGGGUCAUCACUGAAUACCAGAUUUGGUGCCUGGGUAAUGAAAGCCGAUUCCACCUCAAUCGAUCUGCAGCAGGUUGGGCACGCUCUGUGACGUUCAGCGGACUGCUACCAGGCCAGAUCUAUCGAGCCUUGGUGGCAGCAGCUACCAGUGCUGGCGUGGGCGUGGCCAGUGCUCCAGUGCUAGUGCAGCUGCCAUUCCCUCCGGCGGCGGAGCCGGGGCCUGAGGUCAGCGAGGGGCUGGCAGAACGGUUGGCUAAGGUGCUGCGGAAGCCUGCUUUCCUAGCUGGCAGCAGCGCAGCCUGCGGGGCGCUGCUACUCGGGUUCUGCGCCGCCCUCUACCGGCGUCAGAAGCAGCGCAAAGAACUCAGUCACUAUACGGCCUCCUUUGCCUACACACCUGCAGUGUCCUUUCCACACUCAGAGGGCCUUUCUGGAUCCAGUUCCAGGCCACCCAUGGGCCUUGGCCCUGCUGCCUACCCAUGGCUGGCAGACUCCUGGCCCCACCCACCUCGGAGUCCCUCAGCUCAGGAGCCCCGGGGGAGCUGCUGCCCCAGCAAUCCUGAUCCAGAUGAUAGAUACUACAAUGAGGCAGGAAUCUCCCUGUACUUGGCUCAGACUGCACGUGGUGCUAAUGCCUCUGGUGAGGGUCCUGUCUACAGCACCAUUGACCCAGUAGGGGAAGAGCUACAGACCUUCCACGGAGGGUUCCCUCAACACUCUUCUGGGGACCCAAGCACCUGGAGCCAGUAUGCUCCCCCGGAAUGGAGCGAGGGGGACAGUGGAGCCAGGGGAGGCCAGGGGAAGCUUCUGGGCAAGCCUGUACAAAUGCCAUCUUUGAGCUGGCCAGAAGCCCUGCCACCGCCUCCCCCUUCCUGUGAGCUGAGCUGUCCGGAGGGGCCUGAGGAGGAGCUGAAGGGCAGUUCAGAUCUGGAAGAGUGGUGCCCACCAGUGCCUGAGAAAAGCCACUUGGUUGGGUCAAGCUCCAGUGGUGCGUGCAUGGUGGCUCCAGCCCCAAGGGACACACCCUCCCCCACUUCUUCUUAUGGACAGCAGUCCACAGCUACUCUUACCCCCUCACCUCCUGAUCCUCCCCAACCCCCUACUGACAUCCCACAUCUCCAUCAGAUGCCCAGGAGAGUACCCCUCGGGCCAAGUUCUCCUCUCAGCGUAUCCCAGCCCGCUCUGAGUAGCCAUGACGGACGGCCUGUUGGCCUGGGUGCUGGCCCCGUACUCUCCUAUCACGCUAGCCCCAGUCCUGUCCCUAGUACAGCCAGCAGUGCACCGGGGAGAACCCGUCAGGUAACUGGAGAGAUGACUCCCCCACUCCAUGGACACCGUGCUCGAAUCCGGAAGAAACCCAAGGCUCUUCCCUACAGAAGGGAGCACAGUCCCGGGGACUUGCCCCCACCACCCUUGCCACCACCAGAGGAAGAGACAAGCUGGCCCUUGGGUCUGCGGGCAGCAGGCAGCAUGUCUUCCCUAGAGCGAGAGCGCAGUGGGGAGAGGAGAGUGGUGCAGGCAGUGCCUCUAGGGGCCCAACCUCUAGGGGCCCAACGUGGGCCCCACCCAGAUGCUGCACUUCUGGGUUGUGCUGCGGAAGAGGCCUGGCUUCCAUACGGCAGACCAAGCUUCCUGAGCCAUGGCCAGGGCACCAGCACCUGCUCUACCGCUGGUAGCAAUUCUUCUAGGGGUUCCAACAGCUCUCGAGGUUCUCGGGGCUCUCGGGGCCCUGGACGCAGCCGAAGUCGAAGCCGGAGCCAGAGCCAGAGCCAGAGGCCAGGACGGAAUCGCCGAGAGGAACCAAGAUGACCCUUCACGAAGCAAUGAGCUUAUUGAAGGCUCCACAGUGCAAGAAUAUGAACCCCUUCCCUGGUCAACCGAUGUGGGCCAAGAGGAGCAAGGAUGGGCAGACUUUCCUCCCAGCAAUGAUGCUUGUGACUCACUGAAGCACACUGUCUACAACAGUUUUAGUUGUCUUGGGAAUCAGAGAACUAGCUCUUUACUUUCCAUCUCGUUCUGACUGAGACAUGUUUGUACAAAAGGAGAAAGAAAAAAGCCUCCGAUCUGAGCCCUG